AUGGGUUGCGCCUCAGCCAUCGCUUUGACAGCUUUUGGCGCAUCGUAUGGAACUGCGAAGGCUGGGAUUGGGGUCAUGACGGCGAGUGUUCUAAGACCAGACAACAUGGUCAGAAGCUUGAUGCCUAUUCUGAUGGCUGGAAUCGUUGCCAUUUACGGUUUGGUCAUCUCGAUCCUCAUCUCGUACGGCAUCUCAACCCAGCCGACACAUCUGGCGACAAGUUUCACGCAGCUCGGAGCGGGACUUGCAGUUGGAUUGUCCGGCCUCGCUUCAGGGUUUAGUAUUGGCAUCUGCGGAGACGCUGGUGUUCGAGCGACUGCUCAGCAGCCCCGUCUUUUUGUGGCCAUGAUGAUCAUACUCAUAUUUGCUGAAGUCCUUGGCCUGUAUGGCAUGGUUGUGGCAAUGUUACUGCUGGGAAGAGGAGCCGGUGGCACGCAAUGUUAA